AAGUUAUUGGAGCAAAAUGGUUACCGUGGAUGAAGUUCGCAAGGCUCAGCGUGCUGAAGGCACUGCCACAAUCAUGGCAAUUGGAACAGCAAAUCCUCCACAUUUCUAUGAUCAAACCACAUACCCAGACACUUACUUUCGUAUGACAAAUACCGAGCACAUGACCCACGUCAAGAACAAAAUGCAGCGCAUGUGUGAUAAAACCACAAUAAAAAAGCGACACAUUUGCACAACCGAAGACAUUAUAAAAGAAAAUCCAAACAUUAAUACAUAUAAGGCACCUUCACUGGAUACUAGGCAAGACAUGGCAGCAACAUUGAUACCAGAGUUAGGCAAGGAAGCUGCAACUAAGGCCAUUGAAGAAUGGGGCCAACCCAAGUCAAAAAUCACUCACCUAAUUUGUUGUAGCACAAUGGGGCCAUUCAUGCCUGGGUAUGACUACCAAAUCGUUCAACUCUUGGGACUUGAUCUAUCUGUAAAGCGAGUCAUGUUAUACCAGCAAGGUUGUAAUGGAGGUGGUACCAUACUUCGUAUCGCUAAAGACCUAGCUGAGAAUAGUAGAGGUGCCCGUGUCCUUAUUGUAUGCACUGAAAUAACUAUCGUUGGCUUCCAUUCGCCUACUGAAACCGAUGUUGAUGUUCUUGUAAGUCAUUCUCUAUUUGCGGAUGGCUCUGCUGCGCUUAUAGUUGGUGCAGAUCCGAUUCCUGGUCUUGAAAAUCCCAUCUUUGAACUUAUCUCUACAGCCCCUACAUUAGUACCUAAUUGUCCUGGGGCUAUUUGUGGAAGUAUACGUGAGCAUGGGCUUACAAUUCAUAUUGGGAAGGAAGUUCCUGACCUUAUCUCAAACCAUAUUGAGAAGAGACUAAUUGAUGCAUUCUACCCUUUAGGUGUCACAGAUUGGAACUCAAUCUUUUGGGCUGCUCAUCCUGGUGGUCCUGCGAUUUUGGACCAAGUGGAAGCCAAGUUGGGUCUUAAACCUGAGAAGUUACGUGCAACUAGGCAGGUGCUUGCUGAGUACGGUAAUAUGUCGAGUGUAACUGUAUUGUUUGUUUUGGAUGAAGUAAGAAAGAAGUCAAUUGAAGAUGGGUUGAAAACCACAGGAGAAGGGUUGGAAUGGGGGGUACUUUUCGGGUUUGGUCCUGGGCUUACUAUCGAGACUUUGGUCUUGCACAGUGUUAACAUUGCUUAGAGGAUCGAUCCUCUAAUUGAUUUACUUUGC